AAGGCAUGAGGGGAGAUCGCAUCAACGAUGCUGUGAACAUUAGCUCUGAUGAGAGCGCGGACAGCAGCUCUGAUGAAGCUCUGGACACGAGCUCUGAUGAACCCGCGUACACCAGCUCUGAUGAAGGUGUGGACACGAGCUCUGAUGAACGGGCGUACAACAGCUCUGAUGAUGGCGUGGACACAAGCUCCGAUGAAGGCAUGUGCUACCGUAUGAAGAAAAAGAAGCUUCAGAAGACAUGCAAGGAUGUGUGUGACUGCCCUAGGGAUUACUCAGUUGGAUAUGAUCCUAAUUCUGAAGCCGACUGGAUGUAUUCAAAGAAAUUUAUGAUGUGA